GCAUUUGUUCCCGGCAAAAACUCAAUCGAAGUAACUAACCAAAAUACCCAAAAUGCCUAAAUUACCCUUCCUAUUUACGGUACUUCUGGUUACUAUUUUCGUUCUCCUUCUAAUCUCCAUGCCCAUCCAAGUAAAUUCCCAAAUUCCGAACGCAAAAGAGCUGUCCAUCCUCCUCAACCUUAAGAAAGAACUGGGAAAUCCACCAUCUCUCAAUUCCUGGAACACCACGUCAUCACCUUGUGACUGGCCAGAAAUCAACUGCACAGAAAAUUCUGUCACCGGGAUUUGGCUGUCGAACAAAACCAUCACCAGAAACAUUCCACCAACAAUUUGCAACCUGAAAAAUUUAACCAUCCUUGACCUUUCCGUCAACGACAUCCCCGGAGAGUUUCCCGGUAUAUUGAACUGCACCAGGCUUCAAAUUCUCGACCUUUCUCAGAAUCUUUUCGUGGGUCCAAUUCCAGACAGUAUUGACCGCCUUUCGGCUCUCCAAUACAUCAACUUCGGGGGCAACAACUUUUCCGGCGAUAUUCCUCCGAGCAUAAGCCGAUUGUCGCAGUUGCAUACGCUGUAUCUUUAUCAAAAUGAGUUCGACGGCACGUUUCCGAAAGAACUCGGUGACUUAUCUAAUCUCGAAGUGCUGGGAUUGGCUAUGAAUAGCAAGUUUAAACCUGCUAGAAUUCCAGUCGAAUUUGGAAAGUUAAAGAAGUUGCAGAUUUUGUGGAUUAAUGAAGCAAACUUGAUGGGUGAAAUCCCGGAAUCUCUCACUAAUCUUACUAAUCUUGUGACCCUCUCUUUGGCAAUAAAUAACUUGACAGGCCCUAUUCCUGCUGGAUUGUUUUCAUUAAAGAACUUAACUUUCUUGUAUCUCUUCCACAAUAAGCUAUCUGGGGAGUUGCCCAAUUCGUUUGAAAAUCGGAAUUUGGUUGAGCUUGAUCUUUCGGCCAAUAAUUUAACCGGUUCCAUACCAGAAGACUUUGGGAAGUUGCAACAUCUGCAACUGUUUAAUCUCUUUUCAAAUCAGUUUUCCGGAGAGUUGCCUUCAAGUAUAGGCCUAAUGCCUUCUGUGACAGUUUUUCGCGUGUUUGAGAACAAGCUGAGUGGAGUCUUGCCACCAGAAUUAGGACUCUAUUCAAAGCUUCUAGCAUUUGAGGUGUCUUCUAAUCAAUUCAGCGGUCCCCUGCCGCAACAUUUAUGUGCUGCUGGUGUUUUGACAGGAGUGGUUGCUUUCUCUAACAAUCUUAGCGGCCAGGUGCCAAAAUCGCUUGGAAAUUGUAGCACUUUGCGCACUGUUCAACUUUACGACAACAACUUCUCCGGAGAGAUUCUGUCGGGCAUCUGCACAGCUUUCAAUCUGUCAACCUUGAUGCUGAGCAACAAUUCUUUUUCGGGUCGGUUGCCUAGCAAAUUGGCAUGGAAUUUGACAAGGCUGGAAAUCAGUGACAACAGAUUUUCAGGGCAAAUCCCUCCUGGAGUUGCUUCCUGGAAAAAUUUGAGUGUUUUUGAGGCAAGCAACAACCUCUUCUCUGGUGAAAUUCCGGUGGAGUUAACUAGUCUUUCUCGUCUCAAUAGUCUACUACUUGAUGGCAAUCAACUUUCAAGUGCACUGCCUUCCCAUAUAAUUUCCUGGCAGACACUUACUAAGUUGAAUCUUUCCAGGAAUCAAAUUUCUGGUAAAAUCCCUGCAGCAUUUGGGUCUUUUCCCGUUCUGCUUUAUUUAGAUCUAUCAGGGAAUCAAUUCUCUGGCGAAAUCCCACCUGAAUUGGGUCGGUUGAGGCUUACACUUCUCAACCUGUCAUCCAACAAACUUUCAGGAGAGAUCCCAAAAGAGCUCAAUAACCUUGCAUAUGAAGACAGUUUCUUUAACAACUCCAAUCUUUGUGUUGAUACUCCAAUUCUUAACCUUCCAAGUUGCAACACCGAACACCGUGGCUCCAGCAAAAUUUCGCCCAAACACCUUGCUGUGAUUUUAGCUCUUGCAUUCUUUGUUCUCUUAGUUGCAGUUUUAUUGGGCUUGUUUGUGUUUAGAGACUACCAGAAUAAAACGCAAAAGCAAGAGCUUGCGACAUGGAAGCUCACCUCCUUCCAUAGGCUGGAUUUCACAGAAUCAAACAUUCUGUCAAAUUUGACAGAAAGUAAUCUGAUUGGAAGUGGGGGCUCAGGACAGGUCUACCGGAUUGCCAUCAACGGUUCAGGUGAAUUCGUUGCUGUGAAAAGGAUCUGGAAUAACAGAAAACUGGAUGAAAAGUUGGAGAAGGAGUUUAUUGCAGAGAUUCAAAUAUUGGGCACGAUUCGGCAUUCAAAUAUAGUUAAGUUGUGGUGCUGCAUUUCGAGUGAGAACUCAAAGCUUCUUGUGUAUGAGUAUAUGCAAAACCAAAGCCUGGAUAGAUGGCUUCAUGCAAGGAAGAGAAGAUCUGCACCAGGGACCAAUUCAGUUCAUCAUGUUGUUCUCGAGUGGCCAACGAGACUUCAGAUUGCCACCGGAGCUGCCCAAGGUCUAUGCUAUAUGCACCAUGACUGCACACCUCAGAUCAUUCACCGAGACGUAAAGUCUAACAAUAUCUUGUUAGAUUCUGAAUUCCAAGCAAAAAUUGCAGAUUUUGGACUGGCUAAGAUGUUGGCUAAACAGGGAGAGCCUCACACAAUGUCUGCGGUGGCAGGCUCUUUUGGUUAUUUUGCUCCGGAGUAUGCUUACACAACAAAAGUGAAUGAAAAGAUUGAUAUCUACAGCUUUGGAGUGGUAUUGCUGGAGUUGGUGACAGGGAAAGAAGCAAAUAACGGAGAUGAACAUACGAACCUUGCAGAAUGGGCAUGGAGACACUAUGCAGAAGAAAAGCCUAUCAUGGAUGUUUUCGACCCAGAGAUAAAGGAACCAGAUUACCUGGAACAAAUGACCACAGUAUAUAAACUAGGACUUAUUUGUACAAGCACCUCGCCAAACAAUAGGCCUUCGAUGAAAGACGUUUUGGAGAUUCUUCGUCUGUGUAAUCCUGGAGAAGCUUAUGGGUAGAAAGACAGAAAGUGAGGCUGAUGCAGCUCCCGCUCCUGGCACUGCUAACUAUCUUUAUAGUUAUAAGUGCAGUAACAGGGUGACUGAUGGAGGAGAAAAUGAUAGUCUCAUAUAAAAUUGCAACAAGAUUCUGAUACAGACCUUCAGAUGGAGCAGAACUACUCCCUACUGCAGUGCUCUUCUAUGCUGAUGACUGAAGCAUUUUCUGCAGCAGCUUUUCCAGAAGUGUCUUCCACCAGUCCAACUACUCAAGCCGUUAAGGAUAUUCCAGAUUGUUUUCUCCAAUGUGAUAUAUUCAAUGUAAUUAAUUCACAGACAGAGAUUCAUUCACAGCAAAACAUAUGAAUUUAUUUCAUUCAUUAAUGGAAUGUUACAUUCAACAAUCAAGUUUCCUGUCAAUGUUACAUAUCCAUAGCAAAAUACAUUCAAAAGAACAAGGUACUCAGUUCCCUUUACAAUCCCCAAACCUGCUCCAGCUUUUCGAGAGGCUGUCUCUCCCUACCCUUCCUUUACUUCUCCAAUACUCUUCUUUUUCUCUGUCCUCCAAGUCUUUUUAUACUCCUUUUUCCACUCCUUCGCGCCUGCUGUUUCUCUCAGAGAAUGUCACCUCAUCUUUUAAUUCCCCUAGGAUCUGGUACAUGCUCCUAGCUUCCAUUACCUGCUGCCUUUGACUCAUAAUACUUUCCUGGCUUGAUUGAUCAUCUUGAACUCUCCUUAUCUGGCUGCCACUUGUCAGUCUUCCUUUCUCCUUUGAUUUCUUCUUAACAUAUACUUUGGCCCUAACAUUAUUCUGAGUGUUGCUUUAGCAUGAGUCCUGUUGCCACUUCAGGUUUGUACUCUGUAUAAUGGAAUCCCUGUCCACUAGGUUUAAAUACUCA